AUGCUCAGAUUACAGAGAGGGGGCAGCCUGGGUGGAGGAGGGGGGGCCCUGCAGCUCGGUGCCCCCCCCUCCCCGAGCUUCUCGGCGCCCAGCCCCAGCUCCGGCAGCGACCAGAAGAGCCACCUGGAAGACUACUACUGGAUGACCGGCUACCCCCAGCAGAUCAACCCGGAGGCGCUGGGCUUCAGCCCGGAGGACGCGGUGGAAGCUCUCAUCAGCAACGGCAACCCCGGCGGCUACGAUGGCUUCGCCCGGGCGGCGCAGCAGUACGGCGGCUCCUCGGGGGCCAUGCCUGGGGAAGAGCUGGGCUCCGCCGCCGCGGUGGUCUCCGCAGUGAUCGCAGCCGCCGCGCAGAACGGAGCGCCCCAUCACCACCACCAUCACCACCACCACCCGGGGCCCGGGGGAGGAGGAGGAGGGCUGCCGGGAUCCGCCGGGCACCACCUGCACUUCGACGAUCGCUUCUCCGACGAGCAGCUGGUCACCAUGUCCGUGCGGGAGCUCAACCGGCAGCUGCGGGGGGUCAGCAAGGAGGAGGUGAUCCGGCUGAAGCAGAAGAGGAGGACCCUGAAGAACCGGGGCUACGCUCAGUCCUGCCGCUUCAAGAGGGUGCAGCAGAGGCACGUCCUGGAGUCCGAGAAGAACCAACUGCUGCAGCAAGUGGAGCACCUCAAGCAGGAGAUCUCCAGGCUGCUCCGGGAGAGGGACGCCUACAAGGAAAAGUAUGAGAAGCUCCUGGGAAGCGGCUUCCGAGAAAACGGCUCCAGCAACAGUGACAACCCUUCCUCUCCGGAGUAUUUCAUGUGA